AUAAAGACAAAAGCGUUACUUCGUUCAUGGGUAUAACUGUAUAAAAAAGGCAAAUGAGAAAUGAAAACAAGUAAACGCGUUACUCAUCGAUCCCGUCCCGCUCUCAACUCUGGUAUGUGUGAAAUUUACGCACGCUGAAGGAGUCUCCGAUCUGCGUGUAUUAACUGAAAAUCAGUUCUGGGAGAGAGAAGGAUAAACCCAUCAUUUUCAAGUUUCUUUGGAGUGGACCGGAGGGAAACAUUUGAUAGUUCUUUACAAUGAAGAAUCAUGAGCGUCUGGCUAACCUUGCCUUAGCAGGUUUGACUUUAACUCCAUUGAUUGUGAAGGUAGACCCGAACUUGAAUGUUAUUUUGACAGCAUGCCUAGCAGUAUAUGUAGGUUGCUACCGUUCUGUCAAGCCAACUCCACCCACCGAGACCAUGUCCAAUGAGCAUGCCAUGCGGUUCCCCUUGGUUGGGAGUGCAGUACUGCUGUCAUUGUUCUUGCUCUUUAAAUUUCUGUCAAAAGACUUGGUUAAUGCAGUAUUAACUUGCUACUUUUUCGUACUUGGGAUUGUCGCUCUUUCGGCAACAUUGUUACCCGCAAUUAAACGUUUUUUACCAAAACGUUGGAAUGAUGAUGUCAUAACCUGGAAGUUUCCAUAUUUUCGAUCUUUGGAGGUUGAGUUUACGAGAUCACAGAUUGUUGCAGCGAUUCCUGGAACUUUCUUUUGUGCAUGGUAUGCUUCACAGAAGCAUUGGUUGGCUAACAAUAUUUUGGGCCUCGCUUUCUGCAUUCAGGGGAUAGAAAUGCUUUCACUUGGUUCAUUUAAGACUGGAGCCAUCCUCUUGGCUGGGCUUUUUGUAUAUGACAUAUUCUGGGUCUUUUUCACUCCAGUAAUGGUUAGCGUGGCUAAAUCUUUUGAUGCUCCGAUAAAGCUUUUGUUUCCUACAUCAGAUUCUGCUCGUCCAUUUUCAAUGCUUGGUCUGGGAGAUAUAGUGAUUCCUGGCAUCUUUGUGGCACUGGCACUACGAUUUGAUGUUUCCAGAGGGAAAGAAAGCCAAUACUUCAAGAGUGCUUUUCUAGGAUACACAUUUGGUUUGGUGCUCACAAUUGUUGUCAUGAACUGGUUUCAAGCUGCACAGCCUGCACUAUUGUAUAUUGUACCAGCUGUUAUUGGAUUUUUGGCUGUGCAUUGCAUAUGUAACGGUGAAAUUAAACCUUUGUUGGAGUUUGAUGAGUCUAAAACUCCCAGCUCCAAAGAAGCUGAUGAUUUAAAAUCGAGCAAAAAAGAAGAGUGAAAUGGACACCUUGGACAAGAACACCAAGGAUUCAUGAACACCAGUACCAUCUUAUGCAAAAGCAGAUUGUUGUACUACAUUUUUUGACUUUAUCAUUAAUAUCAGUAGCCCCUUAACAGUCAAUCUUAAGAUUUUGUAAUAAUGCUCAACCAUUCAGAUAUAUGCUUCAAUUUUGCUUGCUUUGCCUGGGGGUAUUCAUUAGGCUUGAUCACAAACUAGCUUAAUGUUGCAUCCUUUUUUAUUAUUUUCUAUUUUAUUUUAUUU